AUGAUAAACAUAUCGAAGAUAUUUAUAAAUCCAGUUCUUUUAUAUAUUUUAUUUAAUAUAGCCUUAUUAUCAGAUGGGAAAUUUUACCGUUUCGAUUAUAAGUAUCACCAAGAAAUUCAAGGAUGGCUGAAAUUCCACCGUGUGCCAGCCACAUGGCACGAUGCUCGGCUGCAGUGUCAACUGGAAGAUGGGAAAUUUUACCGUUUCGAUUAUAAGUAUCACCAAGAAAUUCAAGGAUGGCUGAAAUUCCACCGUGUGCCAGCCACAUGGCACGAUGCUCGGCUGCAGUGUCAACUGGAAGGUGCUGUACUAGCGUCUCCUUUAAAUGAUGAUCUUCUAGCGGCUAUGAACCACACAACUUAUAAUAUCUUUAUUGGAAUACACGCGACUAUAGCAAAAGGAUACUAUUUCUCCCUAGAAGGAGUACCGCUGACCAGAAUACCAAUAACUUGGGCCGCAGGGGAACCUGACAAUUGUGACAAUAGCGAGGAAUGCCUUGUUUUGAAGAACGACGGAACGGUUGCAGACGUUAAUUGCAACGAAGUCUUCCCAUUCAUUUGCUACAAAAAGAGCAAAAACACCAGUUUCAUCACUAACUGCGGAACAGGAGAUAGUGGAUACACUCUAAACGAAAACACCGGGAACUGUUAUAAAUUUCAUGACGUGGGCCGCACCUGGCCUGUCGCGUUCAUGACCUGCUCCGCAGAGGGCGGCUAUCUGGCCAUCAUCAACAGCGAUCAGGAGGCUCAGAGCCUGAAGGAGUUGUUCGCUCACUAUCCAGACACCAAAAUCAAGGCCAGGUACCCGUACGUGGCGUUGCUCGGCUUUUACGAUUGGAACAGGCUCGGCACAUGGAACACGAUACACGGUGAGACCCUUGCGGAAGCAGGUUACUCGCGGUGGAACAAGGGUCAGCCGGAUAAUGCAACAGAUGGCCAGUACUGCGGCGCCAUGUUCAGAGAGGGUUUGUUCGACGACAUGUGGUGCCAUUUGACUGCGCCGUUCAUUUGCGAAAAGGAGCCUCAGAGUCUUCUGGACGAUGAUGAUGUUUAU